AAGACGAGCGGUAGAAAACUCAUAAACACAUCCUUAAUCGUAGCUUCAACACUCCUGUUACUACGCCUUCUUCCAGAGAGACACCCCUCUCUCUCUCCCGACAAACAAACUAUAAUAAUCAACAAUACUAAAAGGAGCGACCUUUCUCUCUCUCUCUGAAGCUAAACUGCAAGUCUUUUUCUGUUAUCUCACUGUUGGACUGUUGUUGAUAUCAUUGUUCAACUGUAGAAGUGAAUUGAAGAAAAUAGAAUCUCCUAUGUCCAGUUUGGCAAAUUCUAGCAACAUAUUUUGGCAAGAAUGCCCAGUUGGGAAGUCUGACAGGCAGAAACUACUUAACCAGAAGGGAUGUGUUGUCUGGAUUACGGGGCUUAGUGGAUCAGGGAAAAGCACACUAGCGUGCUCGCUAAGCAGAGAACUGCACUCUCGGGGAAAGCUUUCCUAUGUUCUUGAUGGAGAUAACCUCCGGCAUGGACUGAACAAAGAUCUUGGUUUUAGUGCUGAAGAUCGAACUGAAAAUAUACGCAGGGUUGGGGAAGUAGCCAAACUAUUUGCUGAUGCUGGUUUAAUAUGCAUUGCUAGUCUGAUAUCUCCAUACAGAAAAGACCGAGAUGCUUGCCGUGCUAUGUUGACAGAUGCAAAUUUCAUUGAGGUUUUCAUGAACAUGCCUCUAUCAUUGUGUGAGUCAAGAGAUUGUAAAGGCCUUUAUAAGCUUGCACGGGCAGGAAAGAUCAAAGGUUUUACUGGUAUAGAUGAUCCUUAUGAACCGCCUUUGAAUUGCGAGAUAGAACUAGAAGAAAAGGAUGGAGUCUGUCCAACACCAGGCGCCAUGGCUGGGCAAGUUGUGUCUUACUUGGAGGACAAAGGAUUUCUGCAUCAGUGAUCCACUCCACUGAUUCUUUCCAUUCCUCAAGUCGACAAACAUUGAUCCAAUCAAAUUUUCUUUUUUCCCCAUUUCACCUUACCAAAAACUUUAUCAACUGUAUAUUUACAUUGUUUAUGAAUAUAGUUCAUGCAUACAUUUCAAAGAUAAA